CAUGUGACUCUCUCCAUUUCGCCAUUUUCUUCCUCUCCGCCGGCGAUCGAGCUCCUGUCGGAUCCGUGACCGUCUCUUGCACUCCGCUCCUGCUCCUACAAGACCUGUCAGCUUAGAAAAGAGCUUCUCUAGAGCCUAAACCUCCCUGACUGAAGCCUUCCUCCCUCUCUGUGUUUAGUUGUAGGUGUCUGAACGCGCAGGAAGAAUGUCCGCCCAGAGCCCCCAGUACGCUCCCUUCUUCGCAGUGAUGGGUGCCUCGGCAGCAAUGGUGUUCAGCGCAUUGGGUGCUGCAUAUGGGACGGCCAAGAGUGGCACAGGCAUUGCUGCCAUGUCUGUGAUGCGGCCGGAGCUGAUCAUGAAGUCCAUCAUUCCCGUGGUCAUGGCGGGUAUCAUUGCCAUAUACGGCCUGGUGGUGGCUGUACUUAUUGCCAACAACAUGGCUGCCGAUAUCUCGCUCUUCAAGAGUUUCUUGCACCUGGGUGCGGGGCUGAGCGUGGGUCUGAGUGGUCUCGCAGCUGGCUUCGCCAUCGGUAUCGUGGGAGAUGCAGGAGUGAGGGGCACAGCCCAGCAGCCUCGCCUGUUCGUGGGGAUGAUCCUUAUCCUCAUUUUCGCUGAGGUUCUGGGGCUCUACGGGCUUAUUGUCGCUCUUAUCCUGUCCACCAAGGGUUAAUUGCUCUUAUCAUCUCUUACACAUGAACCACCAUCAACCACACACACACACACACACACACACAAGCACCAACACAAACAUCCUCCUAAUGAUACACACUGAGUAAUUUCACCACCCGAAACGAUGAGAGGAAUUUUUGCGUGCAUGCGUGUAUCGUGAGCGUGCUGUUUGCAAGUGAAUGUGUGAUUGAACUUCCUCUCUGUGUAUAGUAGCCUGGUGUGCGUUCCCCUGUAAAUGCGCUGUGUAGCUAUUGCUCUCGUCCUGUGUGUGUGUUUAAAUAGAUGCCCUCUUUCUCCUAUGCUACACUUGUUCGUCAUCCUUCUUUUAUUUUGUCAUAAUUUUACUCUCAUUUGAAGAACAAAUCAGCCGUUGUUUAGUUUUCUCACUUUUGGGACCAUUCGAAUUCAUACACUGAUGUUGAGGACCUAAGUGUAAAAAAAGAUGGAAUUAUUACUGUUUGUCUUUGUUUCUGUUUCUGCUGAUUAUUUAUGAAGAUUUUGAGAUGUUCAUUAAACAGUUAAAUGGA